UGGAGUUUGUUCAGAUCGUCAUCAUCAUUGUGGUGAUGACAGUGAUGGUGGUGGUGAUCAUCUGCUUGCUCAACCACUACAAGCUCUCCACCUGGUCCUUCAUAACAAGGCAGAGCCAGGCCCGCAGGAACAACCAUGCCCUGCAGCAGGAUGGGUGUCUGUGGCCUUCAGACAGCAGCUCUCGACAAGGUGCCUCGGAGGUAUUAUAUGCUCCCCAGGCCAGGGAUCGCUUCACUGCUCCCUCCUUCAUGCAGCGUGACCGCUUCAGUCGCUUCCAGCCCACCUACCCCUACCUGCAGCACCAGAUCGACCUGCCACCCACUAUCUCGCUGUCGGACGGCGAGGAGCCCCCGCCUUACCAGGGGCCUUGUACCCUGCAGCUCCGCGACCCUGAGCAGCAGAUGGAGCUCAAUCGUGAGUCGGUGAGGGCGCCGCCCAACCGGACCAUCUACGACAGUGACUUGAUCGACAUGGGAGGAGGCGGAAGCUUGGGAGGGGUGGGAGGAAUAGGAGGAGGCGGUCCGAGGCCGCCAAGCAGUAACUCGGGUAUCAGUGCGGUCAACUCCAGCAGCCACGAGCGCAUGGAGGGCCCCCCGCCAGCGUACAGCGAGGUGAUGGGCCACUAUCCUGGCUCAGCGUUUUUUCUACACCAGCACAGCAAUAACCAGAGGGUGGGGGGCCCGGGGGACAGGAGCCAAUCAGAAAGCACAAUAGUACCUGCCAAGGCCAAGGAUGGCCAACCGAAGGACCUGGUGUGAAGAAAAGGGUAGGGGGGUGGGUGGGGCGGGUGGGGCCACCCACCCAAGACUAUAAACUGUCUCUUAACUUCACUCCUGAUCACCUGUAAGCUGUGGUCUCUCUAUCCUGCGCACUCUCUGUCUCUCUCAUGUCCUCUCUCCACACUCCCAUGCACAAAUAAAAAUCAAUCUUAGCUACAACAAAACAAGGAAAGAGAGGAACCAAGAGUUGAUUUUAUUUCCUUUCUUUCCAGCGUUCGAGAUAAAAACAUACUGCUAGCACAGAUUGUAACGAUUUUCUUUUUUUGUCCUCUGGGGUGAUGGCUCUGUCCCGGGGAACUGAGGAUGAUAUUUUUAUUUUUUGUUCCUUUAUCGGACCGGGAUCUGUGCACAAAGCGAGAACUGAGAAUCAAGGACUUACAGAGAACACAACAAAACAAGAGACUCACAAACCCAAAUCUUAGUGCCAAGGUUUUGAGGAAGCAAAACAAAGAGGUAAAAAUGACUCGUUCUAACAUUCAAAACACAAAAAAGAGAAGUUAUCUAAAAGUUGCACUAUAUUUUUGUUGUAAAAGAGAAGAGGGAAAUUAUGCUAUGUGAUGAUAAUGAUCUUUGUUUUUCUCUUUUUUGUUUCGUCCUUUUCAUGAAUGGACUGACUGACUGAACUUUGCCUCCAAAGCUGUUUAAACAGUUGGGAGCAAAAAAAACAAACAAUUAUUAUAAGCUUAUGUCCUUCCUUCUUUGAAAACAAUACUCGUACCCAGCCUACAACAUCUCAGUCUGCUUACACUACAGGACAGGGAGACUUAGUAAGAGAAUAACAUUGUACUGCUCAUGUCUAUGAGAAAGAAGUCUGCCUCGUGCCAGCUGCUGGGUGGAUGGAACAUUUCUUACUUUCUCUGGUAGUUUGUUAAAAGAUUUGUAGAUGGGUUUCCCAAACCGGAGUAGUUCCUAAACUCUCAAGAGUUGAGAGCUGGUGGCAAAAUCCAACAAGCUCCAUACUAACAAAUCUGACCAGAUGGUUGGAUAUCAAGUUAACCAAGAAUAACAUAACUCCAUAACAAAAAAGCAUAUCUAACUGGCCAUCCACUUUUUAACUCUGUCCCAAAAUCUGAGCACCUAACACUUCCUCUUUUCUGUUUCCUGCUUCAAUACCCCUCACCCCCACCUUCUCCUCUCACCGCUCAUAUCUACAUGCACAGUUCAUUCUGCCAACAGCCACACUGAACACAAACCUAGCCAACAAUGAAAACACAAAACAAAAAAAGAAGGCUCAGCUCUCCUUCUUCACGUUUCUAAAGCCACAAAAAAAACAGGACAACAAAGUGAAGAUUCCUGUCUGCAUCUGCCAGCACAGUGAUCAGGUUUUAAACAAAAACUGUCUGUGGUCAAAGUUAAAGGGCUAUGGGAGAGUCCUUUUUGUUAAAGAAAGCCUUUUU